CCUAUCAUUUUUUUAAUCAUCGAUAAACAAUCUACUGCUUCAUUGAUUCAUUCAUUUGAUUUGUUCAUGGCAAUAUCUCCGCAAGCAUUUCCGCCGCGAAAACGCCAGCCCUCGGCGGGGGCCUUCAUAUCGCCCAAGCUCUCCGACCAGACCCUCCUCCGCUCCCUCCACCAUCUCUCCCAAGAAAUCUCCUCCCUCGAGCCGCUCCAGUUCCUCCUGCGCCGCACCUCCCUCUCCGUGAUCCGCAGGUCAACCCUCCUCUCCAUCUUCUUCGAAGACAUUAUCCGCAGCUCCACCGCCGUCUUCUCCCACUCCGUCAUCCUCUGCUUCCAGGAGCUCUACAUCCUGCUCCAGAGGAUCCAGACCCUUCUCGAAGACUCCUCCAACGGCAGCCGGAUGUGGCUCCUCCUCCAGACCGAGUCUCUAGCGAACAGCUUCCACGAGCUCACCCUCGACCUCUCCACCUUACUCGACAUCCUCCCCGUCAAGGAGCUACGAUUAAACGACGACGUAGAAGAGGUCGUCUCCCUCCUCCGCACCCAGUGCUCCCGCAGCACCACGAAGUCGUUUGUCGAUCCAAGAGACGACGGCCUGCGCCUCGAGGUUUGCUCCAUACUCGACCGCCUCAGGAGCGAGAUCGUUCCCGACCACUCCAAGCUCUCCGAUAUUUUCACGCAAUUGGGAAUUCGCGAUGCUUCGGAUUGCAGAGAGGAGCUUAAGAGCCUCCAGGAAGAGUUCCAGAACCAGACGGAGGAGAAAUCCAAGUCGCAGCUCGUUGCCCUCGUCGGACUCGUUCGCUACGGUAAGUGCGUGUUAUUCGGAGCAUCCACGCCGGUAUCGGACCUAAUCCGCCUUAAAUCGGCGUCGGAAUUAAGUUUCCCGGCGGAUUUCCGGUGCCCGAUCAGUUUGGAGCUAAUGCGGGACCCGGUCACCGUGGCGACCGGGCAGACGUACGAUCGUGAGUCCAUCAAGCUGUGGAUCGAAGCGGGUCAUAACACGUGUCCCAAGACAGGUCAGACCCUGGGCCACACUGAGCUCAUCCCCAACCGCGCGUUGAAAAAUCUCAUCGCCAUGUGGUGCCGCCAGCAGAAAAUCCCUUUCGAAACCGCGGAGACUAAUAAGGGGCUGGUCAACGCCAUCAAAAAGAACAAGGCCGCGCUCGAAGCUACUAGAAUGACGGCGUCGUUUCUGGUCAAUAAGCUUUCGGUGUCUCAGUCCAUGGAGGCGGCGAACGGCGUCGUUUACGAGCUCCGGAGUCUGGCGAAGACGGACGCCGACUGUCGCGCCUGCAUUGCGGAAGCUGGGGCUAUCCCUUUGCUCGUACGGUACCUUGGCGCGGACGUCGGUGGGGCCCGUCCGAACCUGCAGGUUAACGCCGUGACGACGAUUCUAAACCUUUCUCUUUUGGAAGCGAACAAAACGCGGAUCAUGGAGACGGACGGAGCUCUUAACGGCAUCAUCGAGGUGCUGAGGUCGGGGGCCACGUGGGAGGCGAAGGGGAAUGCGGCGGCUACGAUAUUCAGUUUAUCAGGUGUGCACGGGUACAGGAAGAGACUGGGGAGGAAGACACGCGUCAUAAACGGGUUAGUGGAGCUGGCGAGGGAUGGACCCGAGCACGGAUGCUUUAAAAAGGACGCCAUGGUGGCGAUAUUGAAUUUGGCGGGAGAGAGGGAGGCAGUGGCGAGAUUGGUGGAAGGUGGGGUGGUGGAGACGACCUUGCAAGUGAUGGAGGGGUUGCCGGAGGAGGCGGUGACUGUGUUGGAAAUUGUGGUGAGAAGCGGCGGACUAGUGGCCGUUGCCGCCGCGUACGGCGCGAUUAGGAAAUUGGCAAGUGUGUUGAGAGAAGGGUCGGACAGGGCGAGGGAGAGCGCGGCGGCGACGCUGGUGACAAUUUGUCGAAAAGGGGGAUCGGAAAUGGUGGCGGAAUUGGCGUCAAUGCCGGAGAUUGAGAGGGUGAUAUGGGAAUUGAUGGGGGUGGGGACGGUGAGGGCGAGGCGGAAGGCAGCGUCGCUGUUGAGGAUUCUGAGGAGAUGGGCUGCGGGUUUGGGUAGUGAGGUUGCGGAGGUGGGAUAUUCAACGGUGAAUCAUGUGAGUACAUCGACAACAGCGACAAUAGUGGCAAUCUGAUUAAAUUUAGCCGUCACUAAUUUCGUUGAAUUUGAUUGUAAUUGUGUAUAGAGAUUUUCGUUUUCUUUGUUUCGAUUUGUUGAAAGUUUAGAUGAAAAAAAAUCUUAUUCAUUCUUUCGUAUAGAUUAUACACGCAACCCAAUACAUUCUUGGCUAUA